CGCCGAGCCCCGCAGCCUCCGGACCGCGCGGCGCCGCCGACCCCCGCCCACCCGACUUGGCUGCAGGAUGCCUCAGAAGACCGUCCUUCCAUAAUUGAGGAAGUGCCCCUUCUUUCAAGCUCAUAAUGAGUCAGCUCAGGCUGCUGCCAUCCAGGCUGGGGGCACAGGCCAUGAGGCUCCUGGCCGCACAGGACAUCUCGGUGUUAAGCCGGCGCAGCGGGACCUCUGGACCCCUGACCACCUUCCCAAGCAGUAAAGGCCAAAGCAGUGCCAGUUACAUGGAAGAGAUGUACUUCGCCUGGUUGGAAAACCCACAAAGUGUUCACAAGUCCUGGGACAGCUUCUUCCAGAAAGCAAGCAAGGAGGCUUCUGUAGGCCUCGCUCAGCCACAGCCCCUGUCUGCCAUCCAGGAGAGCAGGUCAGCAGUCCCAGGUGGCACCAAGACCAGCAAGCUGGUAGAGGACCACCUGGCUGUGCAGUCCUUGAUCCGAGCCUACCAGAUCCGAGGCCACCAUGUGGCCCAGCUGGACCCCUUGGGCAUCCUGGAUGCAGACUUGGACUCUUUCGUGCCCUCGGACUUGAUCACCACCAUCGAUAAGCUGGCAUUCUAUGACCUGCAGGAGGCUGACCUGGAUAAAGAGUUCCAGCUGCCCACUACCACGUUCAUCGGGGGCUCAGAAAGCACACUGUCUCUGCGGGAGAUCAUUCGGCGCCUGGAGAACACCUACUGCCAGCACAUUGGCCUGGAGUUCAUGUUCAUUAACGACGUGGAGCAGUGCCAGUGGAUCCGGCAGAAGUUUGAGACACCUGGUGUGAUGCAGUUCUCCAGCGAGGAGAAACGGACUUUGCUGGCCCGGCUGGUGCGCUCCAUGAGGUUUGAAGACUUCCUGGCCCGGAAGUGGUCUUCAGAGAAACGGUUUGGCCUGGAGGGCUGUGAGGUCAUGAUUCCUGCUCUCAAGACCAUCAUUGACAAGUCCAGUGAGAUGGGGAUUGAGAAUGUCAUCAUGGGGAUGCCACACAGGGGCAGGUUGAACGUGCUGGCCAAUGUGAUCCGCAAGGACCUGGAGCAGAUCUUCUGCCAGUUUGACCCCAAGCUGGAGGCGGCAGACGAGGGCUCUGGGGAUGUCAAAUACCACCUGGGCAUGUACCACGAGAGGAUCAACCGCGUCACCAACAGGAACAUCACACUGUCUCUGGUGGCUAACCCCUCCCAUCUGGAAGCAGUGGACCCUGUGGUGCAGGGGAAGACAAAAGCAGAGCAGUUCUACCGUGGGGAUGCCCAGGGCAAGAAGGUCAUGUCAAUCCUGGUCCAUGGGGAUGCUGCCUUCGCUGGCCAAGGUGUGGUCUACGAGACCUUCCACCUGAGUGACCUGCCCUCUUACACCACCAAUGGGACCGUGCAUGUGGUGGUCAAUAACCAGAUUGGCUUCACCACAGACCCCCGGAUGGCCCGCUCCUCACCCUACCCCACCGACGUGGCCCGUGUAGUCAACGCGCCCAUCUUCCACGUCAACGCAGAUGACCCCGAGGCCGUGAUCUACGUGUGCAGCGUGGCGGCCGAGUGGAGGAAUACCUUCAACAAAGAUGUUGUUGUGGAUCUGGUCUGCUACCGCCGGCGUGGCCACAAUGAGAUGGACGAGCCCAUGUUCACGCAGCCUCUCAUGUACAAGCAGAUACACAAGCAGGUGCCCGUGCUGAAGAAGUACGCGGACAAGCUCAUUGCUGAGGGCACGGUCACCCUUCAGGAGUUUGAGGAAGAAAUUGCCAAAUAUGACCGGAUCUGUGAGGAGGCAUAUGGCAGGUCCAAGGAUAAGAAGAUCCUGCAUAUCAAGCACUGGCUGGACUCCCCCUGGCCUGGCUUCUUCACUGUGGACGGGGAGCCCAAGAGCAUGACGUGCCCUGCCACCGGCAUCUCUGAGGACAUGCUAACCCACAUUGGCAAUGUGGCCAGUUCUGUGCCCCUGGAGGACUUUAAGAUCCACACAGGCCUGUCUCGCAUCCUGCGUGGCCGUGCGGACAUGACUAAGAAUCGCACGGUGGACUGGGCAUUGGCUGAAUACAUGGCCUUUGGCUCACUGCUGAAGGAGGGCAUCCAUGUGCGGCUCAGCGGCCAGGAUGUGGAGAGGGGCACUUUCAGCCACCGGCACCAUGUUCUCCAUGACCAAGAAGUUGACCGGAGGACGUGUGUCCCUAUGAAUCACCUGUGGCCCGACCAAGCCCCCUACACCGUGUGCAACAGCUCCCUUUCAGAAUAUGGAGUCUUAGGCUUUGAGUUGGGCUAUGCCAUGGCCAGCCCCAAUGCCCUGGUUCUCUGGGAGGCUCAGUUUGGUGACUUCCACAACACAGCCCAGUGCAUCAUCGACCAGUUCAUCAGCACUGGCCAGGCCAAGUGGGUGCGGCACAACGGCAUUGUGCUCCUGCUGCCCCACGGCAUGGAAGGCAUGGGUCCAGAGCACUCCUCAGCACGGCCCGAGAGGUUCCUGCAGAUGAGCAACGAUGACUCAGACGCCUACCCAGUCUUCACCGAGGACUUCGAGGUGAGCCAGCUCUAUGACUGCAACUGGAUCGUGGUGAACUGCUCCACCCCAGCCAGCUAUUUCCACGUGCUGCGCCGGCAGAUCCUGCUGCCCUUCCGCAAGCCGCUGAUUGUCUUCACACCCAAAUCUCUGCUGCGGCACCCUGACGCCAAGUCCAGCUUUGACCAGAUGGUGUCCGGAACCAGCUUCCAGCGGGUGAUUCCAGAAGACGGGGCUGCGACGCGGUCUCCUGAGCAGGUGCAGCGGCUCAUCUUCUGCACGGGAAAGGUGUACUACGACCUGGUGAAGGAGCGCAGCAGCCAGGGCCUGGAGAAGCAGGUGGCCAUCACACGCUUGGAGCAGAUCUCUCCAUUCCCCUUCGACUUGAUCAAGCAGGAAGCAGAGAAGUACCCGGGCGCAGAACUGGUGUGGUGUCAGGAGGAACACAAAAACAUGGGCUACUAUGACUACAUCAGCCCACGCUUCAUGACCCUCCUUGGCCAUACCCGGCCCAUCUGGUAUAUUGGCCGGGACCCAGCAGCCGCGCCAGCCACUGGAAACAGAAACACUCACCUGGUGACUCUUAGGAAGUUCCUGGAUACUGCCUUCAAUCUCCAAGCCUUCGAGGGAAAGACAUUUUAGAGUGGGUUUGGGCCUGCUCAGGUCUUGCCGAGAGGGUUAACCGGGGACCGGGGAGGAUAGGAGAGAGGUGACUAAGGGCCCAGGAUGAGCCACACUCACGUAGCAGUGGGGGCCAGAGUCGCCCUGCUUGCCUGUUACGCCGCUUAAUUUGGCCUUUGUCUUGUUUCAGAAUAUGUCAGCACCAAGUAUCCGAGGAGUCUGAUGGAAGGGGCUUAGGCUGCAGAGUUCUGCCCGCUGUGCUAUAACAUUUUUGGGGGGAAUUUUUGUGUGGCUUCUCCAUCUGUGCUGGUCUUGUCUCUAGACAGGCACUGGAGCCCUGUGUCACUCAUCGCUCCCAUUCCAGCACACCUAGCUGCUUCUCACCCCAUCCCUGUUCAUUUAUAGACUCAAAAUGAUGUCCUCUUGUGCGUGCUUAGAAAUGGAGAUUUCAGUAAUAACAGGCCAGUGAAGCAAAUCCACUCCAGGUGAUUUGCAUGCGCAGUUUUAGAGGGUGGGCCCUCUGAGCCAUGUCAUCUUCUGGGGGACAUUCAGCAAUCUCACAUGAACCAAAACAAAGUAGGACACAAAAUAGCAGAGAAAUAAAAAUCAUGCUUCAAA